AUGACUGGCAACUGCUCGUCUGAGUCGACCUCACCACCAAGAUCGGAGGUGAAGGAUAUCCACCAUUUUCAUCGUUAUGGCGACAUCCAGUUGAUCUCCAAGCAUGGAACCAUUCUCAUGGCAGACUCUAGACGACUUUCGGAUUUCAGCGUCCUCAUGAGGAACGUUGUCAGCAGAGCCCUUAGAAGGGAAACAGAAAUCGACAUGAGGGAAUGGUCCUCUGAAUCAAUAAGUCUACUCCUCGAUCUAAUCAACGUCGCUAAACCGAAAGAACCGGAAGGAGAAUUACCAGUUCUGUUUGAAUUGGUCUCAUUGUUCUAUAAUUACGGAGGGACAAAUAGUGGCGGGAACCUAUUCAUUCUUAUCUCCAGCAGCUUAGGUCGUACAGCUCAGGCUUACAAUCGACAAUGGGCCAUUCUCAUCUACGCUGAUGAAGACCAGGGUGGGUUUACGUUUUCAAGUGAAGAGGCCAAAGCUAUCGCCAAAUCAGCUUUACGAUACAUGACCAAAGAGGCAUUUCUAGCCCCAGCUGUCUUGAUAGAUGCGACAUCCGAGUUUCAACAAGUCGGGUUUUGGGAGGCAAUGGAACGAUUGUCACCAACAUGGCAAUACCAACUAUUCCGGUCAACUCUCGUGGGACCCCAUGGUGAAUGUGACGGUUCGAAGGUUUUCACAGUGACAGACGCAUGGGACACAGUAGCAGAUGCUUUUGAUCCAGCGGACGACUUUUAA